CUCUCUCUCUUCCUCUUUCUCUCUUCUUUUUAUGCGCCCUCUCCACUCGUCACUCGAUUCAAGCUCGCUCCUCUUCGCCGCUGAAUCCCAGCUUUCAUUUGGAGCUCCGCAACUGGAGAUCCGCUCUUGGUGAGCAAGCCGAAUCGCUGUUAACCUCGGCUUCCUGCUGCAUUACUGCGCCAAAAGGCUGCUUCCUUGCCGGAUCCGGUGGUUCUUGCCUCACAGAUUUGGCCGCGGAGAACCCUAUCUUUCGGGGGUUGCCAGUAGAUUGAAGGCCGUGGCUGUCGUCACGCUUGGGUUGUUCUCCGAUGGGUAAUUGCUGGGGCGCUAAGGUCAAGGCGGAGAACCCCUCCCACGACGUCUUCGCUUCAGACACUGUAUUUGAAUGCCUAGGAGAGGACUCUCCACAUGGGAGCAGGAAGGGAAACGUUUUAAGCAGUUCCAGCAGCAGGGUGUCUGCGUCCUCCGUGCCGCCGACUCCACGGAGUGAGGGUGAGAUCUUGACGUCAUCCAAUCUGAAGAGCUUCACCUUCAAUGAACUCAGAACUGCCACCAGGAAUUUCCGGCCAGACAGUGUGUUGGGAGAGGGAGGCUUUGGUUCAGUCUUCAAGGGAUGGAUCAAUGAGCACACGUUGGCAGCAGCUAAGCCUGGGACUGGAAUGGUUAUCGCUGUGAAGAAACUCAACCAGGAAGGUUUCCAGGGUCACAAAGAAUGGUUGGCGGAGGUUAAUUACUUGAGUCAGCUGUCUCAUCCUAACCUUGUAAAGCUUAUUGGGUACUGCUUGGAGGAUGAACAAAGACUUCUUGUGUAUGAAUUCAUGUCUCGGGGAAGCUUGGAGAAUCAUCUCUUCAGGAGGAGUUCAUACUAUCAGCCACUCUCCUGGAACCUCCGCAUGAAGGUUGCUCUGGGAGCUGCAAAAGGACUUGCUUUUCUGCAUAGCAGCAAGGCGAAAGUCAUUUAUCGUGAUUUCAAAACCUCCAAUGUGCUUCUUGAUUCAAAUUAUAAUGCAAAGCUUUCUGAUUUUGGAUUGGCGAAAGAUGGUCCUACCGGUGAUAAAAGCCAUGUUUCUACAAGGGUCAUGGGGACAUAUGGAUAUGCUGCUCCUGAGUAUCUUGCAACAGGACAUUUGACUGCCAAGAGUGAUGUCUAUAGCUUUGGAGUUGUUCUUCUCGAGAUAUUGACUGGCCGACGUGCCAUCGACAAGAACCGCCCCACCGGAGAGUACAAAUUGGUGGAGUGGGCGAAGCCUCAUCUUGCGAGCAAGAGGAAGAUCAUCAGCAUCCUGGAUUCCAGAUUGAGAGCACAGUACUCACUGGCAGGAGCCCAGAAAAUAGCCGGUCUCGCAGACAGGUGCCUGUCCUUGGAAACAAAGCACAGGCCAACCAUGGAUCAAGUGGUAGUGGCAUUGGAGCAGCUUCAGCAUGGCAAGGAUGCCGAGAGAAACCCCAAGACCGAACAGAACUCAAGUGGCCAACGGCCCGCCAUGCCUCGUUGGAGAAGCUGGGAAGAUGUAGGGAAUAGAAAGAUUGCUCAUCCAAGGCCAUCGGCUUCCUCGCUUCCUACUUAGGGGAUAGAAAGAACACAAAGGCGUAAUCUUGUAUCUUGCAAGUUCUCUUUCAGUAUCAUCUGUUCUUCAUAGAUGCUCUUGAUAUCGCUCAUGUUUUCGGUGUAUAAAUUCCAAUAGCUUUAAUGAUA